AUGCCUCAUAUAUCAAAAAGACGAAACCAAAUAAAUAAUUUACCUAGAAAAAAGGGCCGCUUCAUAACCCAAGAUGAAACACAAGAAGUCACUGAAGUGCAAACCGAAUCUACAUUAAGAAUGGGCGGGGAAGAUGAGAUCGGCACCCUACCAGUAAAAAGAGUAUAUUCCAAAGAUUCAAGAACUACGAUCUGGAGGCGAAAUAAAAAGAAAGAGGAGGAUGAAAAAAAACUUCAAAAUAAUGAUAUAUCGUUUACCACUGAAAAAUCGACAUCAAGUAAUAUUUUACUUGAUACUGAAGCAUCAAGUAACAUGCUACUUGAUGCAGAAGCAUCGAGUAACAUGUUACCCGAUGAUGAAGCAUCAAAUGACACAUUACUUGAUGCUGAAGCAUCAAGUAAUAUAUCAUUAUUACAAUCAUCCCAUGAAACUCUACAAAGCCCUCCAUCACCCACUGAUACUGCUUCAAUCCUACGUAUGCGUUUAGAUGAUAUUAAUAAACAAUAUGGACAAGGCAAAAUGAAUGCUAGCAUUCAGAUUGCUAAAAUGAUAUGGAAUAAAGGCGAUUAUAUGUCAAGGUGUAUCAGAAAGUGGGGCGAUUUGUAUAUAAAAUCAGGAGAACUUCUUUCUUAUCGCCAAGGAAAACAUAAAAAAUCUAUAAGCUUGCUUGAUGAUGAUAAUUUUUUAGAAGGAUGUCAAGAAUGGCUACGGCAGCAAUCUCCAGAAUCACGCUCUCCUAGGGCCCUAAAAAUGUAUAUAGAGGAAACAUUGUUGCCCAAAAUAGGACACACAAAGGAUAUAAUCUCUGAGAAAACAUGUCAUACUUAUAUGCAUGCGUUAGGAUAUAAGUAUGAUGAAAGAAAAAAGGGUGUGUAUUAUGAUGGACACGAACGGCCGGAUGUGGUGCUCUAUAGAAAGGGAUGGUUAGAAAGGAUGUUCAAAUACAAGAAAGGUAUGAAAGACUUUACUGGCGAUAUGUUGGAGGUAAUAGUGGAGCCUGAGCUUGAAUAUGGUGAAAAGGAGUCAGUACAAGUGACACAUGACGAAUGUCACUUUUAUGCAAAUGAUGGGCAACGUAGAAUUUGGACCAGAGAGGAUGAGGAUGUUCUGCGUUCAAAACAUAUGGGACGUUCCGUAAUGGUUUCUGCUUUCGUAUGCCCAUGCCAUAGAUUGUUACAGUUGUUAGAAGAGCAGUUCUUGGCUAACCCACAUGUCAAGUAUAGAGAUGCUUUUGUUGUCCGCUCUAUAAAGGAAGAAUAUUCACGCGUGAACAUAUGCAAUAUGUGGAUGGAAAUGGUUUUCUUACGGGUUCUUGGAAAGUAUGAUGAUGACGAUGAAAGUAAGGGGAAGCGUUUUUUAUACGGAUAUAGCAUUUAUUCGACACCUGACUGGCAUACACAUAGCGAACGAUUUGCCCAAGAAUUUAUGUUCAAAGGAGAAAGCUGUGUGAUAGGAUUUCGAAUCGAGUAA